AUGGCACGGACGCAAAGCUUUCUUGUUCUCGUAUUGAUUGAUUAUGCGUUCGCAAGAGUAGCAAUCAGAGCGAAAGCUGGUGAUCGAGUUGUUCUGGACUUCGGACCACGUGUGUAUUUUUGGCAACGUGAUCGCAUGAACGGAAUAAAGGAAAUGAUGACGCGCUGCCAAUAUGGUGACACCAGAGCAAUUUGUCAAGGAUUCGUUAGGAGGGACGGUAAGCCGGCUACUCCCCCGUCUUAUGUACUUAUUGAUGGAGACGGUAAGAUGAUUCUUAAUCCCGUCGUGGCAACAGACUCCGGUUUCUACUCGGCAAUGGUAAAUGGUGUUACGAUGCAGGGUUUGAAACGUCGCAACAGUCGUGGUCGCCUUCUUACGCAUCAUUUGUUUCUGCAAGUGACCGAAUAA